CCUGCGCCCCACGGCGGGCGCGCUUCGGAACUUGGCGCUCUCGCGUGUCGCAGCCCGCCGGGAAGCGUCAGGGCAGAGGCGGGGUGGGGCGCGGUUAAAAGACGCUGCAGGGGGGAGCCAGGCCUGCACCCGAAGCCGAGCGCGAGCGCCGACUGCACACUCCCGACACCCGCCCAGGAGUCCGCGGCGCCCCAGCCGGACCUGCUGGCCAGUUGCAGCGGAGGGCGCCGCCCUGCGCCGAGAGCCCCGGGCCCCCGGGCCCCAGACCCCGGCCGCAGUCCCGCGGAGCAGGUAACAUCAUCACUGAACUGAAACUGCACAAAGAUUUAUAUUCGUGUCAUUACUGUGCAACAUCAGCUUUUAGGCAAUCAAAUGGUGUAGAAGAAAGCCUGAAGCCCUUGAGGAGGGAAACUUGCCUAAUUCUUCUCCAGGCCAAUUAGCUGUGAGUCCUUGGAAGAUAGGAAUGCAUGAUUGGAUAGGAAGCUCUCCCCAGCGCUUCUAGCCAUGACCCCCCUGCAUCCCCCAUCUGCUCUGCAGCUUUGUUCAGAACCUACUCAGUUCUGGGAACUGGACUGUGCCUUGGGAUGCAAAGAUGAAAUAGGAAUAGGCCAACACAAUGGACUGGGGUACCCUACACACUUUCAUCGGGGGUGUAAACAAACACUCCACCAGCAUCGGGAAGGUAUGGAUCACCGUCAUCUUCAUUUUCCGUGUCAUGAUCCUUGUAGUGGCUGCUCAAGAAGUGUGGGGUGACGAACAGGAAGAUUUUGUCUGCAACACUCUGCAACCAGGAUGCAAAAAUGUGUGCUACGACCACUUUUUUCCUGUGUCCCACAUCCGGCUGUGGGCCCUGCAACUCAUCUUUGUCUCCACCCCGGCCCUGCUGGUAGCGAUGCAUGUUGCCUACUACAGACAUGAGACCGCCCGCAAAUUUAGGCGAGGAGAGAAAAGAAAUGAAUUCAAAGACUUAGAAGACAUUAAAAAGCAGAAGGUUCGUAUAGAGGGAUCCCUGUGGUGGACGUACACCAGCAGUAUCUUUUUCCGAAUCAUCUUUGAAGCAUCCUUUAUGUAUGUGUUUUACUUCCUUUACAAUGGGUACCACCUGCCCUGGGUGUUGAAAUGUGGGAUUGACCCUUGCCCCAACCUUGUCGACUGCUUUAUCUCUAGACCUACUGAGAAAACCGUGUUUACCAUUUUUAUGAUUUCUGCAUCUGUGAUUUGCAUGCUGCUUAAUGUGGCUGAGUUGUGUUACCUGCUGCUGAAAGUAUGUUUUAGGAGAUCAAAAAGAACACAAAUACAAAGAAAUCAUCCCAAUCAUGCCCUAAAAGAGAGUAAGCAAAAUGAAAUGAAUGAGCUGAUUUCAGAUAGUGGUCAAAAUGCCAUCACAGGCUUUCCAAGUUAAACAUUUCAAAGCACUACGUAGCUGACUCAUAACAAAAGUGGUGCCUUCUGAAGGCAGUGCCCACCGGAAAAUCCCUUCCAUAGGCUGAAGACUUUGUCUUUAUAAAUGCUUUCAUAAUACAUGGAUACUUGAGUUAACUUUUUGUAGAACAAUUGUUCCAUUAAUAUGCAACAUAAUCAAAUAUGUGGUCCAUCUCUGAAACUAAGACAGGAUUACAACUGUGCCUUGAAGUAAAUUUAACAUGUUUAAGUGGACUGUCUGACAUACUAGGUAGUUCCUGAAAAUUUAAGUGUGUAACUGUUGUUGAUAAAGAACAUUUAUGUAGAAAUUGAUACUUUGAUUAGUAAAAGAUAUUUUUAUAGGAUUGAAUGUUUUAGUUCUGACUUUGAAUUUAUAUAAAGUAUUUUUAUAAUGACUGGUCUUUCUUACCUGGGAAAACAUAUGAGGUUAGUUUUAGAAUUAUGCCAUAAGUAUCUAAAUUUUGAACUUACAAAGAGUCUAUCUUGUUGUAAAUAGUGUUUUUGCAAUUUCUAUUGACAAAUUUAUGAACUAUCAUGAUACUCUUAAGGUGGAAAUUGUUCAUUGUACAAUAUAUUUUUAUUGCUUCCUAAAUGUAGACAGAGCUGUAUGGAAGUAGGAAGCUUUUUAAAACUAGAGAAUUUGCAAUCAUUGUGAACAGCUGACAUGAAUGUGCUCGCCUCAAUAAAGAUUAGCCCCAUUGCUUAUGCCUU